AUACCGAUAGACAUUCACAAAUGAUAACAUUGCAAUGUGGUUGUUGGAAGCGAUGGAUUAAUUGACUGUUCUUGUGGUGAUAAGCCAUCUCUAAUGCGAUUAGAUGGUUACAUCAACCACUUAGCUUGAUUAUGUCAAGCGACAAGUUAUUCCUGCCUCCGGAAUGGAAGGACGGUCAGAAGAUGACAGUGUUGUUUGCUCCAUUCCGCGACAGAUCUCUUAAUCCGCAAUCAUGGGAUCGAAAGUUGAAAUUUUGGACUCACGUCAUCAGUGAAGACUGUCGACAGAAUAACCGUAUAAUUGUUGAUGUGAAGGAACUACAAAGUCGUUUUGUAAGAAAUGGGAAAAAACCUGGGUGUCUUGAUGUUGUUGGUGUUGAAAUGCAAAGGAGUGGCAAGUUACACAAAGUGUCCCAGUAUCAGAAAGCAGGGAGCUCAAGCUGGCUGGGGUGGGGCUUCAGCACGUUUGUGUGGAGGCCGAUGUCCUGGGGACUGAGUGCGGUGUGGAGGAAGUCGGAAGACAACUCGGAGCCACUGGUCCUGCAUCAGCUGCUGACAGAGAAGUGUAGUGAGCUGCUGUGUCUCCACUACGACACUGUGGAGCACGAGUCGACUGACAACCUAGUGGAACUGGGGGCUCUCCGCUCCAAGCAUGCAUCACUGGGCUUAUCGGAGAGGGAUUUCGACCUGGUUAUACAACAGCUAGCACUAGACAAGAAGGUGGUUGUCACACAAACCAUGGAGAGAGACACUGUUGUGAAGUUCUCAAAGAAGGGAGACAAGCGUGUUGGCCCUGUGAGCGAAGUGGAGCUCAAUGUCUUCAGGAUCCAGAAGGUGCAGCUGAACCUGGAGAAGCAGACGGAGGUUCUGUCCCAGCAGUGUGACAAACUGAGGAAUGAAGCCAAGCUUCACGUCAAGGAAGGAAAGAGGACCCUGGCCAUGCAGUCACUUCGCAGGAAGAAGCGGGUCGAGCAGACUCUGAAUCAGAAGAUGGCGUCCAUUGACCAGCUGCAUAACAUGAUGACAAAGAUUCAGGAUGCUGCUACAAAUGAAAUGAUACUGAAGGCGUAUGAUUCCGGGAUGUCCGCCAUCAAGUCUCUCAACCAGGAGACCCCUGCCGAGAAAGUGGAGAAUGUUGUCGACAACCUACAAGAUGCUCUGGAAGAUCAAGGGGAGAUAACUCAGUUGAUAUCCCAGGAUCUGUCAUCAAGUGAUGCCUCUGAGGACGGCCUUGAGAAGGAACUGAGUGACCUUCUGUUCGCUGACCAGCAGGCCAUGAAAGAGGAAGGUGACGACCUGGCGUCAGUGCUGGAAGGACUAGCCAUCCACGAUACAAUUCCAGACCUGCCAGAUGUGCCAAGUUUCUCCCCUUCUAAAGAAGAGACAAAACAACCAAGGGGGACAACUCUUCAGAAGCCCAUGGCAGCAACAAACUGACCCCAGUGCAAAACUUACUUUAGUGCUUUCAACAUACUUCACUGCUGCAUGUAGAGAGCUCUGCAUUUCAUUCACGCUACAUUCAAUCACACGGAAUUGUACCUAGUUCUUGUUCUACCAUGUACAUAACAGUUGUAAAGAAUAUUUUAAAACAU